CGCGAUUGGUCAUGCUGACUCUGCGCGGCAACUACGAGUGGAAGACGUGUGCUUCCUUCCUUUUAGAAAAGGGAAGUCAGGAAAAGUAUCCUGAAUUAUGAUUGUUCACCACCCUGAUAUACAAUGGCAAACAGAAGAUGUAUUGUGGAUUACCUGGCAAAGUUUCAUUGUCCUUUGUAUGAGGACGUUUUUGCUUCAGUUCAUGUCAUACAGAAUGAAUCAUUUAUCUACCUGUGUAAUGGUACAGAGUUUGUGGCUGUAUACAGUAAAUGCGAGAAGCAAAUAGUGGUAGUUUACCAGUUCCCUGGAAAAGCUUGCCUGCUGGAAGAAGAUUCAAAACAACAUUGUCUGUUUGUUCUUUGUGAACAUUACGGUUUGUUUUCAGUAAUUCUUCAUCUUAAAGAUCGCUUUCCUUCAGAAAGUCAACAACGUGGAGCAUCAGUUGAUACUUGUAGAGUUUCAUUGGAUGCUUGCAUAAUUAAAGAUCCCACUAUUCAGUCAUUCAUUCUGGUUCAGAACUUGAUUAUUACAGUUGGUCAAAAAUGCAGAGUGAGGACUCUUAGUGUCUUUGGAAAUCCACAGUUAGGUCAGGUGUCUUAUGAAAAGAUCGAAGAGCUAGAUAUUCCCAUAUUAGAGAAUGUGAUCAUAAGCUCCGAUGAUAAACAAGCUAGAAUGCCUCCAUACCUCUGUUGUGUUUUCCCACAUGGACAAAAGCGAAUGCCAUCCAGAGGUAUCCGAAAUUUCUCAUUGGAGCCACAAUUGUUUACCCUUCUCUUUGGAGUAGAUGCCACCAUGCUAGAUUCCCCUGUUAUUCUGUGUGGCUUUCUGGAUGGACAGGUGUACUACCUUUCCCUUAGGCAGUCUAUGCCAUGCACAGAUGAUCUUAGAAGUGGAAAUUCAGUGUUCAGAAUGUUGUACCACCUAGGCCAGCCAGUCAGAUUUAUUGGAGCCAUGCUUCCCAAUGACAAAGGAAACAGCACACUUUUGUUAGUAGGGCAUUAUGGCAAAGUCAUUCAGAUAAAAACUGAAUAUCAUUGUGAAGGCAGCCUUCCUAACUUUAUUGAGCGAAAUAUUCUAGGCCCUAUUGUAAGUGUGCAUAGCAGUGCCACUCACAUUUAUUACAGUACACCAUCAGACCUCAUGACUCUGCCACUGUCUAAUACAUCUGAAGAGAGCACCAGUUCUGUGUCAGAUACCCCAGCUACUGAAAACAAUUUGGUGCCUUUCUUCCAGUCUCCGCACAGCUUGAAUGUGUGUAAGAUAAUAGCUGUGUCCUGCCCUACAGAAAUGCAGACAGGAGAGGUUGAACUGGUUGCCUUUUCACUGGCAGGAAAGCUGAUGAAGGUCAAAAUUUCCAGGGGACCAAGUAAAACAAAUUCUUCUAGACUUACCACAGCACAGACUGGACAGCGAAUAAAAGACCUCCUUUCUGGGAUAGGCAAUGUGUCAGACAGGGCUUCAUUAUUGAAAAGUAAAAUCCAGUCCAAAAAUGACUCUCUGAAAAGGUUAAACUGGGUCUUUAAUAUUUGCUGCCUGUUGCAGUCCUGUCAAGAGAGAAAAGAAGAAAAUUGCAAAGAGACAGUCCGCUGCCAUUUUAUUUCAAAAUGGGACCAUUUGCUUCUACGGGAUUCUUUAAAUUUGACCUGCGCUCUGGAAAACUCAAGCAGCUACAUACUGGAGAAGGGCUGGAUGCUUUGUGUUGAAGUUAAAUCACAAUCAUACUCUAUGAGCUCAGAUAGUAAACAUUUUUCUCGUUUAUAUACAUUCCCUAUUGCUAAACUGUUGCCAGCUCAGACCAUGGAAGUGUCUGUCCCUCUGAGUUCUCUGAAUGACUUGUUUCUUUAUGCACUGGUCCAUUGUACUCUUAUUUACAACUUUCAAGGAAUCUUAGGAUACCAGGAAAAUGGCAGACAGCAAGACCAGAAUUCAUUUGUAACAUCAAUGACUUUUAAGAACUGUAUCUGCCUGCCACUAAAAACACAAACAGUGGACAUGUUGGAUUAUCUUCGGUUAGCUAAUCUAGCAACUUUACCAAGAGAACUUGUGAUUAAACCAGUAACUGAUUUGGUUGAUGUUUUCCUGAAUACAUCCAGCCACAUAAUUCACCACUGCAGUGAACAAAUUCCAUUGAAGCACGAAACUCAGUUUAGCCUUGAAGAUGGAAAUUUUGUGGCAUCUAUCAAAGUAUCAACUGAACUGCUGAAAUAUGGGCUAACGUCAACAACGUCAGGGGUCACCUUAGCAGCAUCUACUGUGGCUUGGCUGCUGUCGUCCAACUCUGAGGCAGACCUGUUGAGUUUACCAUCUGACCCAGUCAUUACUGCUACUACACCAACGGGCAAAUCAAUAAAGAUUCACGCUAAAGAGAUUUCACUAAAUGACUUGUCUGCUGACCUCCCCAUCAGUGCUGUGGAAAUCCAGAUUGAAAGCUCAUCACUCGUUGACUUCUGCAGUUUACACUGGGCAAUUCUGCAACGUAUACAGUUACUUAUGAACCUCAAGGAUUCUGGAGGUGGAACCCAACCAGCUGUACGAAUGCAAUUCUUAUGGGGCCUGCUGCACCAAUCUGAUGUUCUUGCAAAGACAGUGCAGGAAGUUCGGGAUCAUCUCUGCCUUGGUUUGAAAAUAUCUUCAGAAGCCACAGAAAAGUUGCUGUCUACAUACCAGCAGUUGAGGAGCAUGGAGCUGGUUAUCUUGUAGCAGCACCUAGAAACUGUGUCCCCAGUGCUUAUGUGUACCCCAAAAUCUAUCUUGGGUAAUCCUGGUGAAUCCAACUGAUGGAUUUAUUUGUGAAGAAUAUAGCAGGUGAUCAUGUAAGGCAUUCGUAUUUUGUAUAAGAAUAGUCAUUAAAGCAGAAAAGCAUAAACCUCUUGGCUAUAUCUUGUCUUUAAUGUAGUUAAUUGCCAUAAAUGUUUACAAUAU